AUGGAGAAACAAUUUCAAAGCGUUUACACAACAGCAAAAUACAAAGAGUUUCGAAAGGAGUUGCUAGGGAAGGUUUGUUGUAAUUUUUCUUCAUGUAAGGAAGAUGGUGUCAUUUCAGAAUAUGAAAUACGUGAAGAUGGAGCAUUUGGAGAAAAUUCCCAGCAUGCAACCUUCCUUGUUUAUUUUAACAAGGAUACCAAUGAAGUAAAUUGUAAUUGCCGGUUUUUUGAAUUUAGGGGAAUAUUGUGUAGGCAUCAAAUUACGGUGCUCUUUCACAUGAAGAUUGAUCAAGUACCAAACAAGUACAUCUUGAAAAGAUGGUGCAAAAAUAUUAAGAGGAGCCACACCAAAGUUCGCAUCAACUAUGACAACCGGCUUGUCAAACCUGAAACACAGCGCUUUGAUAAAAUGUACAAAGUCUUCAAUGAGGUUGCAGACUUGGCAGUAGAUUCUGAAGAUAAGUGUGAGAAGGUGGUGGCACGAAUUCUUGAAUUAAAAGGCGAGUUCAAACAAGAAAAACUUGUUUGUGGAAAUAAUGAACCCAUUUCUGCAGGUAUUCCUACAAAUUCAACCUCAUGUGGAGAUGAUUUUGCAAUUUCUAAAGAGACUAAAAACAUACUUGAUCCAGUAGUGGUUAGACAAAAGGGACGACCACCAUCUAAAAGGAAGCAGUCAAUAGUUGAAAAAGUUGUUAGAAAAAAGGAGGAAAGGAAAAAGAAAAAGAAAACCAAAAUAGCUACUAAGGUUGAGAAUGUGUCUUGUACAACCCCUACUAUGGGAUUGAGGGAGUUGGAACCGCAACAAUCACAACAGAUUGGUAAAGAGAAUUAUGAAGAAUCCAUCAUGUGGCCAAACAUUAAUUACCCUCCUAAUAUCAUCGGGAUGAGUCCAUAUUAUGGACUGCCAAAUAUGCUACAAGGAGGAAACUCGCCAUUUCAGUCAAGUAUGAUAAGACAAGUGGUUGGAAUGCAACCAUUUAGUUACCAUAAAAACACAUCUCAGGAUGAUUCUCCACUCCAGAAGGCAUGUUAUGAUUUGUCAAAUGAGCAUCCAAGCAAUUCUAUUGGGAAGUUUGGUACCAAUGAUGUGACAAACGUUGGAAAUCCAAAAUUACACGAAGAUGACAGGGGCAUUUAG